CAAAGGAAAGGGGAAGGGCCUGACAUCAACAAGCCAAAACAGCUGCCCCCUUCUCCCCGAUGGAGAGUCAUCAAGAAGAGCCCGAUGGAGUGAGCGAGGGGAGAAGACUGGAGGGUCUGUGACACGUUGGAGGGUCGGUGGAGGCUGAAGAGAAGAAGGAUUUGGCAAGUGGAAAAGGGGGGAAGUGCAGAGAGGGUGACGCCGCGUGUGUGCAUGCUUUCACAGUUAGAAGUGUAAGAGAAGAGGGGAGAAAGAGUGCAGGGGCUGUUCUUAGUGACACCUCUUGGACCGGAGAGGAAGGGAGGGGGGGGGGUCUUCUGGGGAGACUGUCAGGGAGAGGGGCAGAGGUGUGAGGAGUCGCUGGGGAAGAAGGACCACGUCGGGGACGGAGACAUCAGCGGCCGCAGCGACGAGAGGUUCCUCUCCGAACAUGAAGCGCUGAGAGGACGGCGAGAGGAGGCGCAGGCGCCGCUCGUGGGAGAGAAGCUGGAAGCAUGGGCUGCAUUCACAGCGCCAGCGCCCACGGCACCGAGAAACAGGGGCUCGGCACUGACCCGGGGGGGACCCCCGCGAGGGCGGAGCCCGCGGUGCAUCCUGAAAUCCUCCAACUGGCCGCGCUGGCGGAUAGGCGCUCCAAGGGGAGGCGGCUCGGCGACAGCCCCGGGGCGUCCUGCAGAGAGCGCAAGGCUGCAGCGCACAAGACCUGCGAAGCCAAGGCGACUCCCACCUGCACCUCGACGUCAGACCCUCACAGUUCCACCAGAUCUACAUGCCCGAAGAAGAGCGGCUCCAUCCCAAGGAGUAAAAGUGUGGAGCGAGUGAUGGAGCACGUGAUGGAGCGACACUACGACUUCGACCUCACCUACGUCACGGAGAGGAUCAUCUCCGUCUUCUUCCUGCCAGAGCUGGAGGAGCAGCGGUACCGCAGAAACAUACAGGAAGUGGCGUCCAUGCUGAAAUCCAAGCACCAAGACAAAUUUCUGCUUCUAAAUUUAUCAGAGAAGAGGCAUGACAUCACCAGACUUAAUCCAGAGGUGCAGGACUACGGCUGGCCCGACCUGCACGCUCCGCCCCUGGACAGAAUCUGUGCUAUUUGCAAGGCCAUGGAGACGUGGCUGACCUCUGACCCCAACAACGUGGUGGUGCUCCACUGCAAGGGAAACAAAGGGAAGACGGGGGUCAUCAUGGCCGCCUACAUGCACUACAGCAAGAUAUCAGCUGGAGCAGACCAGGCUCUCACCACACUGGCCAUGAGGAAGUUCUGUGAGGACAAGGUCUCGUCUUCCCUACAGCCCUCUCAGAACAGGUACAUCUACUACUUUGGUGGUUUACUGUCAGGCACCAUCAAAAUGAACAGCAGCCCUCUCUUCCUUCACCAGAUCCUCAUUCCGUCGCUGCCACACUUCCAGGCUGGAGGAGGCUUCUGCCCGUUCCUGAAAAUCUACCAGUCUCUGCAGCUGGUCUACACUUCGGGCGUCUAUGAUCCCCAGAGCUCCAGAGCGAGGAAGCUGUGCGUGACUAUGGAGCCUGCGCUAUUAUUAAAGGGGGACAUCAUGAUAAAGUGCUACCACCGGCGCAGCAGGACGCCAGAAAGGGAGGUGGUCUUCAGAGUCCAGUUCCACACCUGCACCGUUCACGGAGCCCAGCUGUGGCUCGGCAAAACCGAACUGGACCAGGCCUGCACCGAUGACAGGUUCCCUCCCGACGCCACAGUCGAGUUUAUCUUCUCCAGCGGACCGGAAAAAAUGAAAGGUCAGGAAUACAGCAAGAAUGAUGCCGCCGUCAGAGUGGACUACAACACAUCGGACCCAGUGGUCAGAUGGGACUCUUAUGAAAACUUCAACCUGCAUCACCAAGACAGCAUGGAGAACAUCUGUCACACGAGGGGUCCUCUGGACGGCAGCCUGUACGCGCAGGUGAGGAAGCGGCGCGGGCCAGGAUCCACCGCCUCCGCCGCAUCGCCCGACGGCUGCCUCACCAGCAGCCCCACGGUGAAGCCCCAGCCCUUGAGCAAGGCUCACUCUCUCACCUACGCCUUCGACUCCUCGGGACCGUCUGAACGUCCGGAAAACACCCCCUCAUCCAGAAACUCGCCCGCGAGGCGUGGCGCUGACUCUCCGUCGAGGAGAGACGACGUGGACGACGGAGCGAGAGAGAAAGCGAGGGGGCGAGAGAAGGAUCGGGAGACGGCGAUUUUGGACGACGGAGGCCCGUCCAGUCCGGGCGGCGUGAGGCGGGAGUGCUCCCGCUGCGGUCGAGCGGGGGUCGAUGUGGGAUGGGAGCGAGAGAGGGAGUCCUGCCUCUCCAACGGCCACUGCCUCGGACGCUGCAACAGCGCCAAGAAUCACCCAAAGAGUCAAACGCUGCCUGCGUUGCCGUCCAAAUCCGUCUCUCCUCCGCCUCAUUCAACUCACAUGGACCUCUGCCAUCGCCACAGCUCCCAUCCUUUACCAGAGUUGCCAUGGGAACGCCCUCUCCCACCGGUACCCCCGCCGUGUGUCCACCGACCCUGCCACCCUUACUCUACUCCAGAACACGCGCACCCCCACAGCCACACGCUUCCGGCCUCCAGUCGGCUCUGCAGCCGGGACGAGUGCCCCCUCUUCCAUUAUUCCAGCCACAGCCCGCCUCCUCCGCUCUCCCACCAAUCCCUGCCCUCGAGCCCCUACCGGGAGCUGUUCUUUGCUUCUCCGUCGGCAUCCGCCGGUUGCCCCUGCCGGGACUGCUCCAGCAAGCGGGAGCACCAAGUGGCUUCGGCACGCACAUUCCACCACGUCCACGCGGACCAAUCGGAGGCGCCACAUUGGACCCAGGGAGCCGGGGUCCAGCGACCAGCGACCGCCGCUCCGCUGUGGGAGAGUCCGUGGGAGCUGCCACGAGAGGCGGACUUGUGGCGCUGCAAAUCAGCCAUGCCGGCGUUGCUGGUCUGCCACUCCUCUCUGGACCCGGGUCCGGGCCACGAACAAGCCCGGUUUGCCCUGGCCAAGCACAGCUUCCCGAGCCCCCACUCGCUGGUGGACGUGCGCGACGGCGCCAGCAGCGGCUACCACACGCCCCUCCAGCCGCGCCACUCCUGCCCCUGCUCCCCGUACCAGUCGUCCCCCGCCGAGAGCCACGAGAGCCGCGGCUACGCCUCGGGGUAUCACUCUGGAUCGGCCUCACCGCUGCCGGCGGGUAGCCCGUCUCCUGGGAGAGGCAGGGCGCCCGAGACGCCCACCAGAUCAGGGGAACGCCCACACGCUGAAGUGGAAAAGACCCAAACUAAGAUGGAGGACAGCAUAUCAGAGGGCUCGGAGGCUAAAUCGGACUCUGUUGGCCAGUCCAGCACCGCGGGGCUGGACUCCGAUCCUGACUACACGCUCAUCGGAAGCAGCAGUCCCACACACACAGAAGACAGUGUAACGGCUGAAAGCCCACCUCAAAGCCAAACGCACCAAACGGUCCCAGAAACCCAAACCCACGGCGUCCACAGAAACGCAAACUCAACACAAGCGCCAGCUGAGCCUCCACGGGCCUCGAGUCCUGACGGUUCGACUGCAGCAGCCAAGGUCGGCUCCAGUCAGCCGCGCGUUUCCAACUACGCUGCCGUCAUCAUCCCCCCCGUCCAAGUGCAGCUCAACGGCUCGGCUCUUCCCAGCGGUACCUCGUCCAAGAGCAGUGACUAUAUGAUCCCUCCCGCCAGUCUCGCUUCCAGCCCGUCCUCCACUUCCCCAAACUCUCCUCUGGGCUCCCCUCUGCGGUCCCCUCCACAACCGGCCGCCGACGCCGCGGGGCUCAGGUUGACUCCAGACAGGGACAGCUCGGCCGACAACAAGCCUCCAUCACCGGUGCCGGAAGGAUACCACACGCCCACCUUCCCCCUGUCGUCGUACUACUACUCGCUGCUGAGCGUGCCGCAUGUCCCGUACACCGGCUACACCGCCGUCACCAUCCCCGCCGUCCAGCCGCCGCUCCCCGAGAAGAAGCGACUCUCCUCCGCAGCCGGAUCCCUCAACGCUCACAACUCCCUGCUCAGAGGCUCCGCGGCGCCGUCCCCCGCGCACCACGUCACCUUCUCCCCAGCGGCGGCGGAGCAUCAGCGAGGCUUCAUGCAGUCCGGCUGCAGGGAGGACACCGACAUCAGGGUGAACGCCAAGUUUGUGCAAGACAGCUCCAAGUACUGGUACAAACCAGGCAUCUCCAGAGACCAGGCCAUAGCUGUGUUGAAGGACAAGGAUGCAGGAACCUUCCUCAUCAGAGACAGUAACUCCUUCCAGGGGGCCUACGGUCUGGCCCUCAAGGUGGCCACGCCUCCUGCUAACGCUAACGUCACCGGCAGCAAAGGGGAUCCUCUGGAACAGCUGGUGAGACACUUCCUGAUCGAGACCGGGCCGCGAGGGGUGAAGAUCAAAGGCUGUCAGAAUGAGUCCUACUUUGGAAGCUUGUCCGCGCUGGUGUACCAGCAUUCAAUUACUCCCAUCUCUCUGCCAUGUGCCCUCCGCAUCCCAGAAAAAGAUUUGAUCGGGGAGCUUCAGGAGACUCCGAGUGCCACGCACACCAGCACAGCAGCAGACCUUCUCAAGCAGGGAGCAGCCUGCAAUGUGCUUUACCUGAACUCCGUGGAAACCGAGUCCUUGACGGGGCCAGAGGCCGUUUCCAGGGCGACCAAGUGUACCUUAGCUCUGAACCCACGCCCAGUGACAGCCGUUGUCCACUUUAAGGUGUCGUGCCAAGGCAUCACCUUAACCGACAGCAAACGAAGGCUGUUUUUCAGGAGACACUACCCAAUCAACACUGUCACCUUCAGCAGUCUUGACCCCCAGGACCAGAGGUGGACUAAUUCAGAUAGCACGUCAAGCAAGGUGUUCGGCUUUGUGGCCCGGCGGACGGGCAGUGCUACAGAGAACGUGUGUCACCUGUUUGCAGAGAUGGACCCCGAUCAGCCAGCAGUGGCAAUUGUCAAUUUUAUCAACAAAGUGAUGCUGGGACCACAGUUACGCAGAUGAGAAUUCAAGACAUCUUCAAGCUCCGGAUCAGUGGAGUUCUGGAAAACCUGUUUCUAUGACUGAGGCUUCAAGAGGCGUGUGAAACUUGCACUUGUGCAGGUGGCCUCGUAUGACUGUUUAUAUAAAACAUACAAUGGUUUCUAGGAAAAAUAUAUCAUAUGUUUGUUUAUAUAGCAAACAGUAAGAGGGACGUAUGUUCAGCCGACAACUGACCUUACAUUAAUAAAGUCUGCCAAAGAAACGUUUUUUAUUUCAUUUGCGACACUUGUUUUCAUGUUUGUGUUCACAUGAUGUAAAACAAACUUGUGACAAUCUCUUUAGCACAAUGUUAUACAAUAUGAGAUACUGUGUUUGGCUACAUUAUAACUGUGUGGUUAUAUUUGUAAACUAUCUGUUAAAAGUAUAUUUGUCGUGUUAAAACAUGAUGGACUGGAGGUGAAUAUUUCCAAAUUUUGUACAGCUACAAAUGAUAAAAAGCCAUAUGCAACUAAAACUAUCAUGUAGUUCUCAUCUACAAAUACAGCCAGUGUAGAUAUUUGAUUAAUAUAUGAUUUUCUUUACACUAACACUCUAUUUAACUAUCACUCAGCUAUUAAUAUUAUUUACCAAUACCAAUCAUAUUUCUGGCAACACCUUAAGUUAACUCUCUUCCACUUGAAGCCAAAGACUUCAUUUUUGUUUAAAACUAUUUUAAAGGUUAAUGUUUUGUUACUACUUGUUUGUUUGUAAUUAGUAUGUUUUCUAUAAACUGAGACAAUAUUUAGACAACUUCAACAUAUUAUUAUUUUUCAUAAUGGAAAAAGAAGUAAUAUAUUUUGGUCUUUGAGGUGGAUAGGAAAGAAU